AAGUUUUCCCAAUGGACUCACACAAAGGAGGUACGUCUUGGGUAGCGUCAAUGUCGCUAGGAGGGGAGCCCAUCAGGGAUGGUGUCGAAACGAAACAACGGGAGACCAUUGAGAGAGUUAGAGCCUCUAGAUUUGAGAAGGCAUUUAUGGUUGAACUCGGUGUUGACGAAGGUGAUGUGGAAGCCCCUGUGGUGCAGUAGCUUUGCUAGCUUGAGCAUGGGGUUAAUGUGACCCUGAGCAGGAUCUAGAAUGCAAACAGCAUGAGGCUUUUCUAAUUCCAGAGAGCCCAUUUUGCUUUGACUUCUUGUGUUUGCCAAUAAUAAAGUACAAGGAAAGGU